AAUCGGUCUCAGUGAGGGGUCUUUUAUUGGCUGGGUUGCCAUGGGGACAGAAAGGUGUUGGUCAAGGCCCAGUUCAAUUACACUGAGGACAGAGCUUCUCUUCGCUGUGAAAGCCUGCAGUUGCUCCUCUUCACCCCAACCUUGGGAAUGCCUGUACUCCUAGCCUCAGCCUAAGGAACUCUUCCCCUGGAACCCAGGAUCAUCAGGAAUUAUGCUGAGGCAUCGCUUGUGCUUGCAAUCAGAGGAUAUUCCUUGUGGAUUAUUCUUUACCAAUGCUUUAAAAUGUAGAAAAAGGUUAUGAAGAUCCUUAGAGCCAGAAACAAAGGUUGAGUGUCACAACAUCACUGACUCUCCGACCUUGCUGAUGAAUUGCCUGGAAGCUGGAAGGCUCUUGUAGCUGAACAAGAUGGCCUAUGUUCCAAGGAAGUGUGGUGUUAAGUUCAAACCACCUGCUAUUGUUUUAAUCUAUGAAGAUGAAAAUACUAAAAAAAUUCGACGAAGGCUGAUACCUGUUCGAAAUUUCUCCAAAUUUUCAGAUUGCAGCCAAGCUGCGGAACAGAUGAAGAACAACCCUCGGCACCAAGUGUAUCUGAAUAGAGUGUCACAGCAGCAGUUGCAGAAAUUACACCAGCUACUGAGGGAUAGCCUGAAUGGAUUGAGCCUUGACCAGAGUCUGGAGACAAUCCUGAGGGAAAACUCCAUCAAUCCAGAGGAGGAUCUCAACAAACUCGAUGACAAUGAAUUGGCGAAAAAGAAAAAAAUCAUGGAUGAAUUGUUUGAAAAGAACCGGAGGAAACCCAAUGACCCAGAGUUUGUUUAUGACUUAGAAGUUGAUUUCCCACAGGAAGGACAGAUUGAGUCAUGUGGCUGGGAUGAGGAAGACCAAGAUGGAGAGUUCUGACUUGUCUUUUAUUUGCAGAACUGUGAAUGUACAUCUUUGAGGGUAGAAGAAUAAGUGAGUGGUCAGCUGCCCUUGGGUGCCAACCUAUUGGUUACACCUGGCCAAAAUGACAACUGUAAUACACAUGGAAUUAUAUCCAAACAGGUUAAAGAGGACAGGAACAGGAUGUUAUCAUUUGCAAGUAAACUGCAAAUGCUAAAUAGCAAACAUUGGAAAUAGAUUUUGUAUUCAUUAAGAUGAGGGAUCUUAGUGCUGUGGUAGCGAAAAACAUUAUGGUGAGUGUACUAGAAGGCCAAAUAAUUUCAGUCCCAAGAUGUCAAAAUGAUUAUUCGUAAAUGCAGAAUGAGAUCCUUUGCAGUUCUGCCAGCCCACAGUUUUAUUGGGAGACUGAUGAUGGUGGCUUUAUUUUAUAGGCCACUCUAAAGCUCAUGUUUUCAGAACUGAAACAUCUGGUUGCACUCACUUUGUCUCAAUUUCAGUGUAUAUCGCAUGUGGAGAUUCUGGCCAGAAUUUUACAUCCCACGGGUAGGCGCAUGCCCAACCCGAAUGGCCGUGAAAUAGCACGUGAUGUUGGGAGAGUGUCCCAACAUCAUGUGCAGUCGUGCGAUAUUUCGCUUAGUGGGCACACGCAGCUGUUGGAAGCGAGCCUGCCAACAAUUAAGUGGGCAAUUAAGCCUGUUAUCGAUGCAGUCAGCAGCGAUUUUAUGUUGCCUGUUCAGAUUUACAGUUAGCGGACGGGCCAUUCUCCCAGGCGACAUUCACAUUUUUGCUCAAACCUCGAUCCAGGGCGGGAUGAAAUCUACGUGGGGAAAUAAAAUAAAAAGAGAUA